AUGUCCACCGGAGACUACAAAGUUGCUGAUAUUUCCCUCGCCGACUAUGGUCGCAAGGAUAUCCAAUUGGCCGAGGUUGAGAUGCCUGGUCUUAUGGCCUGCCGUGAGGAAUUCGGACCUUCUGCUCCCUUGAAGGCCGCUCGUAUCUCUGGAUCCCUUCACAUGACCAUCCAAACCGCUGUCCUUAUCGAAACCCUUAAGAACCUCGGAGGUGACAUCCGUUGGUGCUCGUGCAACAUUUUCUCCACCCAAGAUCACGCCGCUGCUGCCAUUGCCCGUGAUGAAUCUGCCGCUGUCUUCGCCUGGAAGGGAGAAUCCCUUGAGGAAUAUUGGGAGUGCACUCUCAAUGCCAUCACCUGGCCCGAGGACGAUGGCAAGGGUCAUGGACCCGACCUUAUUGUUGAUGAUGGAGGUGAUAUGACUCUCCUUAUCCACGAAGGAAAGAAGGCUGAGGACCUUUUCUUGAAGGAUGGAACCCUUCCUGACCCCACCUCCACUGACAAUGCCGAAUUCAAGAUUGUGCUUACCAUUAUCAAGCGUCUUCUUGAGGCCGGUGAAACUGACAAGUGGAACAAAAUUGCCACUCGCUGUAUGGGAGUUUCUGAGGAGACCACAACCGGUGUCCACAGAUUGUACACCAUGGAGAAGACCAACUCUCUUCUCUUCACUGCCAUCAACGUGAACGACUCUGUCACCAAGUCCAAGUUCGACAACUUGUACGGAUGCAAGCACUCUCUUCCCGAUGGUAUCAUGCGUGCCACUGAUGUCAUGCUUGCCGGAAAGAAGGCUGUUAUCUGCGGAUACGGAGAUGUUGGAAAAGGAUGUGCUGCUGCCCUUCGUGCUUGUGGAUGCAUUGUUUUCGUGACCGAAAUUGACCCCAUCUGUGCCCUUCAGGCAUGCAUGGAAGGUUUCACCGUCUCCACUUUGGAGGAUGUUGUCGGAGUUGCCGAUAUCUUCAUCACCACCACCGGUAACAAGGGAAUUCUUAUGUCCAAGGACAUGUCCAAGAUGAAGAACAACGCCAUUGUCGGAAACAUUGGUCACUUCGAUAACGAGAUUGACAUGGACGGCCUCAUGAAGGAUGCCAAGCGUAUCAACAUCAAGCCACAAGUCGACAAGUUCGAAUUCUCCGAAGGAAAGGGAAUCAUUGUCCUUGCCGAAGGUCGUCUUCUGAACUUGGGUUGUGCCACUGGCCACCCUUCUUUCGUCAUGUCUUCUUCGUUCACCAACCAGGUGUUGGCACAACUGGAACUGUGGAACGAGAAGGACACUGGCAAGUACACUCGGGGUAAGGUGUACGUCCUUCCCAAGACUUUGGACGAGAAGGUCGCCCGUCUCCACCUUGACGCCCUUGGUGCCAAACUCACCAAGCUCACUGCCGAACAAUCCGAGUACAUUGGUGUUCCCGUCGAUGGUCCUUUCAAGCCCGAAAGUUACCGUUAUUAA